AUGACCAUUGAUCCUCAAUGUAUCGUGUUGCCGAAAGGGAUAUCAAGACGAAUCCCUGAAUCUCAGGCUGACGCUGGAUUGCUCAAUAUGGCAUCUCGUCAUGCAGAUCGAGAGCUUUAUUGUGAAGCUGGACAGUGUAUGCUUCAUGCUGCAGCCUUGGCUGCGGAGUACAUAGCCAUGACAACAGUCUUGACGAGUACAUGCCACGAAGGGAGCGGCUCCGCAUUAUUCGAAAAGAAGUUAGCGAUAAUAUGUUUGGAGGCAAAGAGCCGUGUGGCGAUGUUUCUGAGUCCCGACGUUGAGGGGAUUUGUGAAUCGCGACAUUUCACAGCAGCUGGCCUGGUAAUUCUCGUCGAAAAAUGUGCAGCGUUCUUCGAAAAAGCUCAUAUGUAUGAAAUGAUGCCAGAUGUGUUCCGUAUUGUUGAGCCAAUUAUACGUGAGUGGCGUGACUACCGUCGGUUGUCAACAAUUUAUGCACGUCUCAGUGACGCUUUGGCACGUAUCGAGCCGACUAUUCCUGUGUUGGAGGAUGCAGCCGAUAUUUGGACAUCACCCUUGAUGAAUGCAGACAAACGGUGUUUUGGGACAUACUUUCGUGUUGGCUUCUAUGGCUCACGAUUUGGAGAUUUGGAUGGCGAGGAGUAUGUAUACAAGGAACCACCAUUUACUAAACUCUCGGAAAUCAGCCAUCGUUUGGAAUCGUUCUAUACGGAUCGUUUCGGCAAAGAUAUCGUGGAAGUCAUAAAGGAUUCCAAUAACGUGAUUAGAGCAUCUCUUCAAUCAUCCAAAGCUUAUUUGCAAAUAACGUAUGUCGAACCGUAUUUUGAGAAGUGGGAGAGACGGCGGCGACCGACACCUUUCGAGCGUAGUCACAAAAUAAAAAGAUUCAUGUAUGCCACACCGUUUACGCGGGAUGGGAAGGCUCAUGGUGAUCUCAAAGAUCAAUACAAGAGGCGGACCAUUCUGACAACGCAGCAUAGUUUUCCCUAUGUGAAGACGCGUAUACGAGUUGUGGAGCGAGAACAGAAGGUGCUGGAGCCAAUCCAAGUUGCGAUCGAGGAUGUAGAGAAGAAGACCAGAGAGUUGUCUGCGGCCAUUGCUCAAAAUCCACCGGAUGCUAAAAUGCUUCAGAUGGUUUUGCAGGGAUGUAUUGGUACGACUGUGAAUCAGGGUCCAAUUCAGGUGGCUAACGUGUUUUUGACGGAUAUAGCGUUAAACGAAAACGGGAAACCAAUCGAUAAGUUUCAAAACAAGUUGAGACUUUGCUUCCAUGACUUCUCGAAGAAAUGCGCUGAUGCACUCGUGCUGAACAAGCAACUUAUACUCCCUGAUCAGUUGGCUUAUCAGACUGAGCUACAAAAGAACUACGUUGAAUUUACUCGUAAAAUGGCUCCAAUUAUGGGUGGAACAACACGAGCUAAUGACCGUAAGGAUUUGGUCACUAAUGCAGAGCACGCCUUAGCCGUUGCUGCUGAGAUUGGCCCUGUGACUUCUGUGUGA